AUGUUGCGACAUCCAAACCGGCCCUACAUCUGCUGGAGAUGUAUCAAUCCAAGUCUAAGCGGGCUAGGUCGCUCUGGACAUGUUCCUCUUCGGCGUAGUGCUGCCAUACCGAAAUGGGUCGCGACGCAGAGCGCGACGCCUACAGCCGCAGCACUCGAAACAAUCGGCAUCCCCACGCCCCAAAACGAUGGCUCGGGUGAAACUGACCAUGACCAAGCCCUCCCCAUACGCGACCGGCUCCGGCAAUGGGCCAGCAGAAACGACGCGUACAGCAAUAGCCUGCUUCUUCACGACACCUCCAUAUACGGCAGCAUCGCCAACAACGUAAGCCGGACGCAGUCUACGGGAUCAUCGGAGCUCGAUCAACUGCGAUCCCCGGCUCGAGGCGUGGCCGACAGCAAUGACGCGAAUCCUACAAGCAGCGAUGCCGAGACAUCUACCGUUGCGUCUCAUUCCCGCAGCCCUGGUGAUUUGGUGGAACUGAGGCAGAUGGGAUCCAGGAUGCCUGUCUUCGCCGUCUAUCUUGGCUAUUUUGGGCAGCGCAAUCAUUUCUACGCCGUCAACGGCAAGUGGGUGACAAGCAUGGGCUUCUCCUCACUAUUCACCGUGUCCAGAUUCGCCUCUUUGCAGGAGAUGGAGCCUGUCCUGGCCAAGAUUCCCUAUGAUGCUACGCCGGAACAGUUUGACGAGAUGCGUCAGGAUGAAAAGGGCCCGUCGAGGGAGGACGGCGUCAUGCUCAUUGACAAGAUGACGGAGUUUCGGAGGACGUCGGAGGCGAUAUACCAGGCCAACAUGACCAGGCUGGAUAGCGCCCGCGCCGUUCUGGGUGACGCUUCAGGCUUCGAAUACAUCAGCCUCUUUGAUAUCGCGGACAUGCUACUGCCAGGAACCCUGAAAACCGGCCAAGAGUUCCCUGCACCGGCCCUCUACGCCGUCCACACCGCCUUGUCUCGGAGCGAAAUCGGAUUCAACCCCAUGAGUCCCUCGGCCGACUGUCACCGGCGGGACCACUUGUUCGAAGUGCUUCCGCAAAGCCACGCGCAAACCAUUGCCCGCGUCGCGGCGUGGGUUGGCGAGUACACGGAUUUGAGCGCCAAGAAACUGCGGCCGCUGAAACCCGGCGAACUCGAAGAGAUCCCCCUGGGCCGGUUCAUCCGCCAAGCACGGGAUGCUGUUGCGCACAGCCGUCGGUCCCGGGAAUGGACCCCUCACGGCAUUCUCAAACCUUCGGCCGGCGUGACGCUGCCCCGCGUCGACUGGUCUCCCGUAAGCAAGGAGGUCAUCGCGUUUCUGGAAUGGUGGGCAAGCUACAACCUGUUCGACGCCGGAUCGCGAUUCCACUCCUACGGCGCUCUCAUUCUGAGGUCUCUGGAUCUUUACAGGGAGGCUGCUCUCGACCAGAGCACCGCUUGGACGUUUCUUCAGGAGAUUGGCGUGAUAUCGCCCUGGGAGGUCCCGUCCCGCUACAAGGUUCGGUUUCCCGGGUCUACAAUCGACAGAGGAGGCGGCAUAAGCCGUUCGAUCCCCGAUGACUUGGAGAAGUCAAUGAGAUGCGACAUUGCCGAGGGCGCCCGGAAGCCGGUGGAAGGCGCCACGGUUUUCUGCAUUGACGCACCGUCCACCGUCAUCAUCGACGACGGCGUCUCACUGGAGCGCACGAGUCGGCCGGACGAAUUCUGGAUCCACGUACACGUGGCUGACCCGGCCUCGGUCAUCAGGCCUGACUCGGAGCUGGCCAAGUUUAUGGAGCUGAUUCCGGAAAACAUUUAUCUCCCCGGCCACUUCCAGGCCAUGCUUCCGCCCGAGGUCGGCCAAGUCGGCCAAGACGGCCAAGACGGCCAAGACGGCGCCGCCAAUUCCACGUCGGCAGCUGCUGGUCUGGUGCAACGGUUUUCCCUGCAGCCGGGAGCGCCGGCGUUGACGUUCAGCGCAAAAGUCAAUCGGGCUGGCGACAUGCUGGCGUACCAGGUCGAGCCAAGCACGCUGCGUAGUGUCACGUACCUGGAUCCCGAAGACGUGUCCAGCUUCUGCGGUGAACCGCCGCCGCCGCCGGUUGACGGCUCCUACAGCUUCAGCGUCGGCACGCCCCCCGAUGAGACUGUGGCUGGGACGGGCGCAAAGCGCCGUCGUCCCAUGACACGUACGCGAGACUUGGACGAACCCAGCCGGGCAGACCUCCUGACCCUGCACGGCCUCUGCGAGGCCAUCAGGCAGAAGAGGCUGUCCAGGGGCGCGUGGCCGUACUUUUUCCCCCGACCGUCUGUCAGCGUGUCCUUCCACGAGGCCACGCCAGAAGGCGGGGCUUGCCUCGGAGCCGCCGCAGCGCUUCCGCCGGAUCCGUACAUCGAGGUUGGCGCCGAGUCGUCCAACGGCUGCUCGGUGGUGGCCAACGCCAUGGUUCUGGCAGGACAAGUGGCGGCACGGUGGUGCUGGACCCGAGGCAUCCCCAUCCCGUACCGCAGGGAUUCCCACUCGGCCGACGACAAGCUCCGCCAGGCGGCGUUGGAGUACGCGACAAGGGAGCUGUACCCUCUGAUCCGCAAGGGAAUCGAGCCCUCGGCGGGCCAGCGACAGGCGCUGGCCCUGCUCACGGGCGGGAUCCAGAUCUCGCUGGAGCCGGGGCCGUACCUGCUGCUGGGGCUGGACAUGUACGCCAAGGUGACGUCUCCGCUGCGCCGGUUUUCCGACCUGCUCGUCCACUGGCAGAUGCACGCGGCGCUGGCGCACGAGAGGCGCACGGCGCACGCCCCGUCGUCGGACCCAGCCGCCGCCGCCGCCGCCGACAGCCUGGACGAGGUGCUGCCGUUUUCGGCGGCCGCGCUGGGGGACAGCCUGCCGCUGCUGCACACGCGCGAGAAGAUGGCCCGCACGGUGGCGCGGGGCACCGUGGACUGGAUGCUCAUGGCGCUGGUGCGGGCGUGGCGCUUCGAGGGCAAGGCGCCGCGGUCGCUCCGGUUCGUCGUGGGCUCGCGGUGGCGGCAGGGCCUGCUGGGCCGCCUGGACAUGCUGGGCCUCGACGCCAUCAUGGACCUGGCCGGCCUGGACGGCUGCCGACUCAUCAGGGACGUCCAGGUGGGCGACGAGUUUGAGGUGCACCUCGCCGACGUCAACGUGCACUCGCAGCAAAUCCUGGUCAAGGCGAUCCGGUACCUGGGCGCAGCCCGCCGCCCCGAGGCAGCUUGA